UUAGCAAAAUAGCGGCACUGUCGGGAUCACACAUUCAGGUUCAGAGGCUUCCAGCAGUUUCAUCAACCUAAUCCCAGGUUCCUCCUUCCUGCACCUGUGGGUUGCUCAGGCCUCCCUCAAACUAGCCAAUGAGAAGUGCACGGGUCCUGGUCGCCUAGGAAACCGCGUGACAACAAGAUGGCGGCGCCGCGGGACGGCUAGCGGCCCUGCGUGUCCUUUCCCAAGAACCACCAGGCCAAAGGUCUCACAGUUCAGAGCAGAGAGCCGUAUACCCAGAGGAGCAGGCAGAUAACAGAAACUUCCAGAAACCUCUGUGGGGACAGUGGAAGCGGCAAAAGGGAGUUCCUGACAGCUGGAUUCUAGAAGUAGAACUAUGAGCUCACCUUUGGCCUCCCUUAGCAAGACCCGGAAAGUGCCCCUGCCCUCGGAGCCUGUGAAUCCUGGGAGGCGAGGAAUCCGCAUCUACGGGGAUGAAGAUGAGGUGGACAUGUUGAGUGAUGGGCGUGGCUCAGAAGAAAAGAUCUCAGUCCCUUCCUGCUAUGGCGGCGUAGGUGCCCCUGUGAGUCGGCAAGUCCCUGCAUCCCAUGACUCGGAGCUGAUGGCCUCCAUGACGAGGAAGUUGUGGGACCUGGAGCAGCAGGUGAAGGCCCAGACUGAUGAGAUCCUGUCCAAGGAUCGGAAGAUAGCAGCCCUGGAGGACCUGGUGCAGACCCUCCAGCCACACCCAGCUGAGGCAGCCCUGCAGCGGCAGGAGGAACUGGAGACGUUGUGCGUGCAGCUGCAGCGGCAGGUCAGGGAGAUGGAGCGGUUCCUCAGUGACUAUGGCCUGCAGUGGGUGGGCGAGCCCAUGGACCAGGAGGACUCAGAGAACAAGACAGUCUCAGAGGAUGGCGAGAGGGACUGGAUGACAGCCAAGAAGUUCUGGAAGCCAGGGGACUCAUUGGCGCCCCCUGAGGUGGACUUUGACAGGCUGCUGGCCAGCCUGCAGGAUCUUAGUGAGCUGGUGGUAGAGGGUGACACCCAGGUGACACCAGUGCCCGGCGGGGCACGGCUGCGUACCCUUGAGCCCAUCCCACUGAAGCUCUACCGGAAUGGCAUCAUGAUGUUCGACGGGCCCUUCCAACCCUUCUACGAUCCCUCCACACAGCGCUGCCUCCGAGACAUAUUGGAUGGCUUCUUUCCCUCAGAGCUCCAGCGACUGUACCCCAAUGGGGUCCCCUUUAAGGUGAGUGACUUGCGCAAUCAGGUCUACCUGGAGGACGGGCUGGACCCCUUUCCAGGCGAGGGCCGUGUGGUGGGCCGGCAGCGGAUGCACAAGGCCUGGGACAGGGCGGAGGAGCACCCAGGCUCCAGGAUGACUGCUGAGAAAUUUCUGAACAGGCUCCCCAAGUUUGUGAUCCGGCAAGGCGAGGUGAUUGACAUCCGGGGCCCCAUCAGGGACACCUUGCAGAACUGCUGCCCAUUGCCUGCCCGGAUCCAGGAGAUUGUGGUGGAGACGCCCACCUUGGCCGCUGAGCGAGAGAGGAGCCAGGAGUCGCCCAACAUGCCAGCACCCCCGCUCUCCAUGCUGCGCAUCAAGUCUGAGAAUGGGGAACAGUCCUUCCUACUGAUGAUGCAGCCUGAUAACACCAUUGGGGAUGUGCGAGCCCUGCUAGCGCAGGCCAGGGCCAUGGAUGCCUCUGCCUUUGAGAUCUUCAGCACAUUCCCACCCACCCUCUACCAGGACGAUGCACUCACGCUGCAGGCUGCAGGCCUCGUGCCCAAAGCAGCACUGCUGCUGCGGGCACGCCAAGCCCCAAAUUCCAGCCCGAACUUCAGUCCUAGUCCAGGUCCCGGCCCCAGUCCCAGCCCCCAAUAAAGCGCCCGCCCCCUCAA